UCACGUGUGUUUUUGGCGCCCAAAAGAGUUGAAGGGAAGUCAGCAGAAUUUUGUAAGGGAUUCAGUUGAAAAUCUUGUAAGAAAAUCAGUUUCUAACAUGAAGAGUGAAGAAGAGGAGUCGGUAAUGAGAACCUUCAUAGGACAAACUCGUGAUUUAAGUGAAUGUUCCAAAUGCACCAGAUUGCUACUUGACCCAGUGGAAGCAAAAUGUGGACAUUACUUUUGUCGAGGCUGCAUUACUGAGCUACCAAGAAACUCAACUGGCGAACAAACCCAUUUGUGUGGUGUGUGUCAAACUAUAGUCUGCAAAGAUGACUUGAAAGAGCUAAAUACCAAGAUGAGCAAAAUUACCUCUUCCCUGCAGCAUUUUUUACAAGAUUUUUGUAGAGAGGGAGGAUGGAAAAUUGAUACUUUGUUGAGUAGUUCUGCAAAUGGUCAACGAAUUUCAAGAUCACUACCCUUAAAUUUAGAAGGAAAGGAGAAAUCUGUAGUAUCAAGGACAACAGCAGCUGAUAUUGAAGAAGGCAGUGGUUCUGUUAUUAUUUGCAGUUCAUCUUCCUCUGAACUGGCUCAUCAGAGUACACUUGAACCAGAACACAAAGUACAACAAUGGCUGAUGACCAGCAAUCCCAAUGUAGAUCCACUUGCUGUCCCCAGUGAAGAUGAUGGUGAAAAUCCAAGCAUUAAAAGCUCCAGGACACUUUCCAAAGCACUUUCAUUUGAAUCUAAAACUACGGCUCAACUAGUUUUUACGCCCGUGGAUAUUUCGUCUAGUACUGGCAAAGAAUCGUCGUAUGAUAUCGUUUCAGCUCCCAGUCCACCACCUUCCAGGGAAAUACCACAGCAGAUGAAACGAGGACGAGGUGGCCGUGGUCGGGGAAGAGGUCGCACAAGAAAGAAUGCCCUACCGAUUAGUUCUGGUGAACCUCCAGCCAAGAAACGCGGCCGGUCGGCCGGUAACACACCAGAAACUAAACCAACGACAUCUACAACACCCAAAGGAGAGCCGGAUUCCUCACCAGAAAUAGGCAACACAACUGCAUCUAAAGCGCCGUCAAUUGCAACCACCAUCACUCCUUUGACGCGUUCGUCAAAGCCCCCCAUUGAAAUUCCUAGCAGUAUCGAACGAUCAAAAGAUUCCCGGAACGAAACCAGUAAUCAUAUUGGGGAGGAAGAAAGGAAUAUUUCUAUUAGUAUUGGAAAUUCUUGCGCUCUACCAACCAAUGAAGCUCUGGAAAAAUCUUCAGAGACUUCUGCUCGACUAGUUGACGUCUGCGAACCCUAUCUGAACUGUGUUUCAGAUGUUCGAUGUAUUACACCACGACCAUUUGAAUCAGUUCUGGCGGACAGAUCAAACAUUCAUGUAUUGCAACCAGUAUCAGCCCCAAGUCUUCAACUUGACAAGCCCGUCAGUGUUCCUUCGACAGCUUAUCACACGACACCGGUUUCUCGGCCCAGAGCUCGAAACUCCUUGGGAUCUUCUAUACAUGAUCUUCAAACAUCUGAUAGGGACUUUCGACGUCACUCCAUUUCAGAAGAGCUGCGAUCUGGCACUGGAAGGCGCAACGUGAAUUUUUUCCAUAAAGGCCGGAUCGUUCCGGGGAAACCCAUCAGUUCAUUCAAGAAACAGCAAAUCGUUUUCACUCGAUUGGGGAAAUUGGGUCCUUUUCUUGACCUUCCCCCGGCAUGUCCUCCGGUUUCGGUGCAUCCGCCCGUUCACGCUCAAAAAUGUUUUGAAGAUAAAGAAACUCAAACCUUUCCACCAUCGCCUCUGUCCUUUUCUUUAGUUUCCACCCAGACGGAACCAUUUGAAGCAUCAAUGACCCCAAACAAGGAAUCGAACACAGACCAUCCGUUAAUGAAUAACCAGACAUUAAUAGUUCCGGACAAAGCCCCGUCUAUCGACAGUGUACUGAAAUCACUCGACGCGCAAUUACGGGAUGAAAACAUUUUGGUGGGAGAACCGGAGGAAUACAGCGAAGAUUUGUUCAUGUCUGCUGAGCCAUUCAAACGAGCCAGAGUUUUGUCUUCGAGUGACAGUGAUGACGACAAGAUGGAAACCAAGAGGAAGAAGCCCUGCCCUUCCGUGAAAUCCGUCGAUACUGACGGUCCGAUUUCGUCGAUGUCUCAUUCUGCGGAUGGAGCGACUACUGCCAACCUACCCCAGCGACUAUCCCCACAACAAGCGAGUGCAGAUUUAGCUAGCAAAACUGUUGUGAUGGAGAGCGAUCCGGAUGAGGAUGACGUUCUGGUAGCGACCCCACCACACCCACCUACUCCAAAGCCUGUACCAUGCAAAAAAAAAGUUCUUACGUGUUCCGGGCUUCCGCGUCCGCAGGUGAAGAUGGUAGAAGAUUGGGCUCGGCGUGUAGGGGCUGAAAUUUCCUUGACGUACAGUUCGGCCGUGACCCACAUCAUCGUUCAGGUGGACGAAGAAAACUGUGCUCAGCGCACCCUGAAGUUCUUGUACGGAGUCGCCAGUGGCAAGUGGAUCGUUGGAAUCGAUUGGAUUCAUCAGUGCAUACGCGAAACCAGAUUGAUCGACGAAGAACCUUUCGAAGCGCUGGACAUGGAUGGCGAGGACGGCCCUCGCCGAGCCAGACAGACAAGUCAGAGGAGCAAGCUGUUUGAAGCUUUCGAAUUCUGCUGCCAAGAGCCCUUUACCGACGUGUCUGUUGAGCAGUUGAAUGAGUUGUUGAUGUUAUGCGGGGCCGUAACAGCAAACAGUCCCGCGGAGCUGACCAAAAACCGGCGUCACUCGAUGAUCAUCGUUCAGACCGACGACGACGUCAGCCCCGCAGUUCAGCGUAAGGCGGCCAGCUGGUUCGAGCGCCUCCAAGUCCUCAGCGUUUCCCGCGAAUGGGUCCUAGAUUGCCUGGCGUCGUAUCAACUCCUUCCGGUGCGCAGUCAACUCAUUGGAAAGCAUUCCGAGUCUAUGCUUAGAAUGAUGGGAUUUGAUUCACAUCUUUUGGCCUAGAGACCAACUCUGUGCACCGUUUUAUUUUUGUUUAUUGUUGCAAUGGGUUUCAAGUUCAUGGAGUGAUACAUUUUUCUGUUCGCGUGGUAGAUUGAUAAACAACUUUGAACGUUUUCCAUUGCUUUUUUUUUUUUUUUUUUUUUCACUUUGCCAACUGUUUUGUUUAAUAUACACGCCAAUUUCCCUAUAGUUCUUUGUAUUUUGCCGAUCCUGUUUUACAGUAAAUGACUUAUAGUCGGCUCUUCUUUUCAU